AUGCUGCUAAGAAUACAGAAUAUAAUGUGGUUACUCCUAUCGAUAUGCUACACGGUAGGAGGCAAAGCAUCAGAUUCACCUCCAGGGUUCCCAGCCCCGCUAACACUAGUUAACUUCGCAUCGGAACUUAAGCAAGGACUCCAUUUAGUUGAAUUUUAUAGUCCCUACUGUUCACAUUGUAAUUCUUUGGCUCCAAUAUGGGAGAAGACUUGGGAAUCAUUCCAUGAAGAAGGUGAAAAGCUAAAUAUUACGAUGUCCCAAGUGAAUUGCAUUGAAAGUGGUGAUAUAUGUGCUAAAGAGAAUAUUGAAUUCUAUCCGAACUUACGAUUAUACGGCCCAAAUGGAUUUAUUAAGAAUUUCUCUGGGAAGAGGAAAGCUGAAGCAUUCAUUGAAUUUAUGAAGACGGAGGCUGCUGAUCCCUCGAAUACUGAGGUGAUUGACAGUCAAAGUGUGGCACUCACAGGGCAUCAUUUUGCAAAACUAUUGGCAGGAGCCUCUCCAACUCGCUAUUUGGUUUCCUUUUGGCCUUCCGAAGAUAUUUCACAUGUUGAUGAGAAGAUUCAAUUUAAAAACUGCAGAGAAUGUUCAACUUUUUCCAAGGCAUGGGGGAAAUUAUCUGAAAAAUUAAAGGAGUUCAAUAUUGCCACCGGUCAUCUAAAUUGCCAAUCUAAUGAAUUGAUUUGUAAAGAGCUCGGUUUUGCUAAUUUGCUAGAAGCAGGAAACGAUGGGGCUAAUAGAGAGCCUAGAAUUGCAUUACUUGUUCCUAAUAAAACUACAAAUAACUUCUUUGUGUAUGAAAACCCGCUUACUACAGAUAUUGCCGUCUAUGAAGAAUUUGCCAAACGGUUAUAUUCGAAUAAUGAAGUCCCUGAAUUAACAGAAAUUCAAAUUAUGGACAUAAUAAAUAAAAAUUUUGCUCCUUUAGAAGAGCAAAAACUCCAUCUGGUAUUUAAUUAUGAUGUAAAGACUGUUUUUCCAGAAGACUUUGAUAUUUUGGAAUACUUAAUUGAGCCCUUAUCAAAGAUUCCAAACAUGUAUCUUUAUAAAUCAGUUGGUGAUUUAAGAAAGGUAACGCACUCCGCUUUUGAAGAAAUGUAUGGCCUUAUUAAUUAUAACGAAACAGAAGCAGAAAAAUCCUUAAAUGAAGAUGCAUUUGCUUUAAACACAAUAACUCAAACUCCGACCUUUUAUUUGUUUAAAGAUGGUGACAAGAUCCCCCAUGUUUUUCCAGGCUAUUCUACAACUGAAAUGAGAAACUUGGAUGCAAUAAUGCAAUGGGUUAAUGAAUAUGCUACACCUUUGAUUACCCAGGUUACAGAAUCGAACUUUGAGGACCUUUUAGGAUCAACUCCAUCUCGCUAUAGUAAUGUAAUAAUAGUAUUGACAGAUUCAUCACGACCAAAGGAACAAAUUCAAAAUAUUAAAGAUCUAUUCAUUGGAUAUUAUGAUUACGAACAUAUUCGCCAACAAAACAUGUUCCAAUUGAUUUUGGAUGAGAGAAAUGAUAAAGAAAGAAGAGUAGCUGAAUUGAAAUCUCAGAAGGCCCAAGCAGAACGAAUUCUAAACACUUUACGUAAGGAAAUCCCACAUACUGACGAUAAGGCGGUUAUUUUAACGUACGUCGACAUUGCCAAGCAAAAAGAUCUGUUAUCAAACAUUGGUAUAAAUUCGCAUCUUGAACAUAAAGCCGGUGAUGUUAUUAUGAUUGAUAGAAAAACAGGUUUUUUCUAUGAAUUGAAUACAUUCGGCUCUACUUUAACCAGCUCGCCCUAUGAAAUUAAAGAUACGUUACGUUCAUUAAAUUUCCCAGGUCCAAGCAUUUUCAAGUACGUUAAACAUGGGAAAUUGAUAAACUCCCCAUAUAAUGGUUAUUUUGAACACCUUAACGUUGUUCAUAGGCAUGGUAUUUGGGGUUACAUUGUUGUCGGUAUUAUUAUGUUUUCUUUGUUCAAACUGAGAAGAGCAAUGACAGCACAUAAAAUAAAGGAAAGAUAUAAUUCCCAAGGUCUAUUAGGAGUAUAUCAUCAAAAGAAACCCUUAGAUUGA